UGUGUGUGAGAGAGAGAGUGUGUGAGAGUGUGUGUUCGUUCGCAUGUGUGUGUGUGUGUAGUCGGGAGGGGAAUCGCUGUUAUAACUCGCAGGAUUUACUCUCUGCCAUUUUGGAGCAAACCGGCGGACAUCAGGAGCAGAGCGGAGGAGUCAUGACCCGGACCCGUGAACUUCCUCUGUGACUCCAAGAGACGGUCUUGAAGUGGGGCAUAAUUAAUCCAGCAAAGGAGGAAGUUUUUUUUGGGGGGGGAGCGGACACCAGUCAUCUGCAGCCAUGUGUUCUACCAAUCAUUCAAACUGGGUCACAUUUGAAGAUGACAACACCCCCCUCGCCUCAUCUCAGAAGCCCUUGCAGGCACCAGGCCUUAUCAAAGCCUCUGUACCACGUCCCAAUGGUCUGAAAUUAGUGCUUCCUCCAAUCAGAGACACUUCAUGGAGCUUCAGUCCUUCCCUGGAAUCCCCUCAAAGCCACUCAAGUCUUAGUGGAAGUUCCUGUGUACCAUGUAACACACCCUUUAGCACUCCUGUAAGUGGGGCACCUAGCGGCGUGUCCUCGCUUCCCUCCAGCACAUGGGAAAGGAACAACUUCUUCCAGAGUUUGUCCAGCGCAUCGACCACCUCUGCCCCUUCUCCUGCACCAGAGGCCUUAAGUCAAACCUCAGAUGGACCAAGCCCUUUUCCUUCUUUCCAGGGGAACUCAGGACACUAUAAUCCUUUCUGGGAUGGAUCUAGACACAGUGCAGAUGUGGACAGUUCCUCCUCUGACUCAGAAUGUGACAACAGCCUACCACGUUUCUUUAUUCGGACCAAAGACGGCCACGAGCCUCCACGUGACCAACUCCAGAGCUCUUUCUCCUAUGUUUGCCACAAACUAGAAGGCUUACGAGCACAAACAGACCAUGAAACAGAGACAGAAAAAAAUGGGCAGAGGCGUCUAAGUUGCAAAACCGAGGUGUUAAGUGAGGACUCAUCUCAGUUUGUUCCCCGAGGUCUGUUUCGUACGCAGAAGAGAGACGGCUGGUCUGUCAUGCUCAGGAUUCCUGAAAAAAAGAACCGUAUGUCCUCUCGACAGUGGGGCCCUAUCUACCUCCGCUUGUUGCCGGGUGGUGUGCUGCAAAUGUACUAUGAGAAAGGGCUGGAGAAGCCAUACAAGGAGUUCCAGCUUCUCCCACAGUUUAGGCUCUCUGACCUUAAACUGGAAAGCUACGGUGAGCCCCGCAAAGUCCUCACAGUCAAGGUGGAGCAUUACUCCUACAUAGAAAAGAAACGCUAUCACCCGAAGUUGGAUGUUAGUCAUGAGGCAGAGGUGGACCAGCUGCUCAAGUUCGGCUCCACAGUGCAUGAUGACAUGGAGGACCUGGUAGUGACCAUGGAAGAGGAAAUCUUCAAACUGUGUCUACCCCAUCAGCAACGGCGGCACUACGAGGAGCAGGAGCUGUCGUUGCAGAUCACUGAUCAUAUCUGGGUACAACUGGACAAGUCGGGAGGAGUCAUAGAGCGGACAGGAUUCACCCAGAUUCACUGUCUUGCUUUUCUGAAUGGACUAGGGGAUUGUUUUCUUGCCCUUAAUGAUCUUGGGCUUCUGCGCUGUAACUCCAGCUACGGGUCUGACGAGGGCAACGAACUCUGGAUGGAGAUUGCCGACUGCCAUUUCCACAAAUGUGUAAAUGAGGCAGAGUUUGCGAGGUCCCGACUGAUAAAGUUCUCACCCCCUGACGCCUGCAGAGUUGAGCUGAUGAGGUUCAAGACGACGACUCUGGGUUGCACAGAAAUUCCUUUCUCAAUCAAGGCGGUGGUCACAGUUCAAGGUGCCUAUGUGGAGCUCCAGGCCUUUCUCAACAUGUCGGCAAGCUUUCUUUCUUCUGUAGGGGGGUCUGACAGGUACCCGCUGUGUGAGAAUGUAGUGAUCCGUGUGCCAGUGCCAGGCGACUGGGUCAAAGUGACACAGACAGUGGCCUUGCUGCGACAGAGGUCACUGAAAGCCCGUAUGAACAGAAACGCCUGCUUGGGCUCUGUCAGCAGUGCAGACUCGCAACCUGUCAUGCAGGUGUCCAUCGGCACUGUCAAGUAUGAGAAUGUAUAUUCAGCCAUCGUGUGGAGGAUCGAGAGGCUGCCAGCAAAAAAUAUGGCCGUGGAUCAUCCCCAUUCAUUCUCCUGCAAGCUGGAGCUGGGAUCCGAUCAGGAGAUCCCAAAUGACUGGUACCCUUUCGUCACGAUGGAAUGUGAAAUAAUGGGAGCAGUCGUGUCACAGACCAGGGUGAAGUCUCUGGGCACCACGAAUGAUAUCCAGCCGCAGAAACAUCUGACCAGUUGGACACGCUAUCAUUGUCAGCUGGAAGUGGAGAAGAAAUGGAUUGAAACAGAGCCAGAGAGGCAAUCUGGCUGUAUGACACAGUGACGAUUAAAGAAGCUCUGAAGACGACGUUAUCCUCUUGGUCUAAGACAUUUCCCAAAAUCUUUUCCAUAGUAAAAAGGGAUAACAAAAAAAAGAACAAAAAGAAGGGUGAUGAGGGACUUUCUGCUUAUAUCCGGUGUCGCAUUCAUCUAAUUACACAUAGCCUGGUAACCAAUUUUGUAUCCAUUUAAUUGAGACUGAAUUAGUCUAGACCUAAUCAAAACUUAACAUGGUCAUUUUACCUAGCACUUUACAUGUAAUAGAUUAAUAAAUUGUAAGAUUACGGUUUAUAUGAGUACUGUAUAUAAGCUUGCAUUUGCAUCAUCUGCACUGCUCUCCAGAAUGAUUGGCAACAAAGGUUUGCCAAACAGACUGAAUGAGAUAAAAGGCAUCAGUAAUGAGAAAUAUUCACUGUGUGUUAGAAAAACAAAUUACCAGCAGGGGUUUAGGGUCCGACCCUUGUUUGUGCCGUGCAUUGUUUAACAUGACAUAGUUAUAAACUGAUUCAUUUGGCCACAACUCCUCUGCAUUUGAACUAAACAAUUUUUGGCAGAAGACACGUUUACAUGAAAACCAAUAUUAAAAUUGCGCAAUUAAGACAAUAGUCUCAAUAAGACUUUGUCAUGUAAACCUUUUUUUUUAGAUGACCUUAACCUGAAUAAGGUCAUGCUCAGGAUAUGUGGAGUCUUCUGACCUUAGUCGCAUAAUGUAGACAUGUAUACGUAUUAUAGCAAUAUAAGGUUCUAUUCCAUUUUUCACAGCUUGUAUGAGUCAUAAUCAGACUAUGUACUGUCACAUGUAAAUGACGAUAUUAAUGAAAUAUUCUAUUAGCAACUCAUAAACAUUCUAAUCAUAGUAAUGUCUUAAUCAGAAUAAAGUCAAGUCAGAAUAUUGCUCUCAAUGUAAACAGUAAUAUUAUUCUAAGAAUCUCAGCACAUAGGUAACCCCAUGCAUCAGUAUGUGUCAAAAUAAUGUUAACACAUUUAAUCACACAAAACCAUUGGUUCACAGUGUCACAGAGCAGCAAUCACAGUGUUUACACAUUACAAUGUUUUCACAGCAACAUGAGACCAACACACAACUAAAUAAUUUCUUA